CGCUAAAUCAAAAUCAAAAUCAAAAUCAAAAUCGUAGAAGAGAAGAGAGAGAGAGACCUUCUCCAAAUCACAGCUUUGUAACGAUUUUGGUCGUUACCUGUGACUACGGUAUCUAUCUCGUGUGAAUUAACUAACGGUUUUAAAUUUUGACCGUUAAGAAAGAUGGCGGCUCCUUCUCCUUCUCUGACUAACAAUGGUCUCUCCGCCGCCGUGACGCCUCCCAGGUCUCGCCGUGGUCAGAACAAACCCAUGUGUAUCCAAUGCGGCAACGUCGCUCGCUCCAGAUGCCCCUUUCAAUCUUGUAAGCGUUGCUGUUCAAGAGCAGAAAACCCCUGCCCGAUUCACGUUCUUAAAGAAGUUGCAACUUCUUCUGCUGAGAAAACAGUGCCAAGUACUCCAUCAUCAGAGCACAAAGUAUCCGAGGGCACUCCGCGGAGUACAACUAGGUUUUCAUCAAUCCGCCAUCUUUCUGCCAACUUUGCUCAGUUUAAUAACCUGAAUGCUGCUGCUCGCAAGAGAAAGCCUUUGACUAUUAAGGAUGCUCAAGCGUUAAACGAGUGGCGGUUUACAAAGCUGAAAGAGUACAGAGACAGAAACAUUCAAGUGGAGAAUGAAGCUUUUGAUCGGUACAUGAAUAAUGUGAGUUUACUCGAAGAAGCCUUUUCACCCGCAUUUGUUCCUGAGCGAAACAAGGAGGAAAUAACUGUUUCGGAGCUUAAGCUGAGGCUGAGAUCAAACUCCGCAAGAACAGAGAGCUUCAAGAAGCGGAUCACAGAGACUGUCAAAGCCGGUUUGGUGAAGGUUCAGAAACGGGGUGGCAAAUCAGAUGAUCAAGAUGAAAUCAAAAGACGUAAAUGGGAAGAGAAGACUUCAGCUUUGAAUGAAAUCAUCGACAAACUGAACAAAGCAAGAACCGAAGAGGAUCUCAGAUCUUGCCUUGAGUUGAAAUCAAAGCACUAUGGUCAAGUUUCUUCCAGUUCUACAUCCGAACAAAACAGGAUUUUCCCUGCUUAUGCCCGAAAAGUUGAGUUCAGUGAAGAAGCAUUUCAAGAAACUGGCGAGCAACUACAAUCUUUUGACCAAAAUAUAACUUUGUGAAAGACGGUCACGUCAAUAUGAAUGUAUUGGUGGCAAGUUAAAACUUCAUUGGCUACAUUGAUAACGUGAGCAAAGAUCCUUCAAAGGCAGUCCUCAAGAUUGUUGUAAAGCAGUGUUGAGCAUAAAUUAGCUAUUGAAUGGAGAAAGCUUUGUUGAUUAUACCUCAUUGGAUCUUUCUUUCACUGUAUGUUGUUUUUUAGAUUCAAAAUUACUUACUAUAAAAAAAAAUUACUCAUUAUAUAUAUAUUCUAAAAUCAUUUUAUUAUGUUGCAAAAUCACUCAUAAACUAAUUGUAGUUUUUCUAUUUAAUUAUCUAAACUGGAGUUGUGAUGUUAUGUUGGA